AUGGUCAAACCAAGAUUGAUCAUCCUCAUCCGCCAUGCUCAGUCAGAGGGCAACAAGAACCGCGAGGUCCACCAGAUGAUCCCAGAUCAUAGAGUGAAGCUCACAGAAGACGGGCACAAGCAAGCAGAAGAAGCCGGACGACGACUACGAUCCUUGCUGAAACCAGACGACACGCUUCAGAUCUUCACCUCACCAUAUCGACGAACGAGAGAAACCACCGAAGGCAUUCUCAAGACGCUCACUGCCCGCGAUGACCCGGACGAUCCCUCUGCGGCCCCUAGUCCAUUCAGUCGAUCGAAGAUCAAGGUAUAUGAAGAGCCUCGCAUAAGGGAGCAGGACUUUGGGAACUUCCAGCCGUGCUCUGAAGCUAUGACCCGCAUGUGGGCAGAGAGAGCAGACUAUGGGCACUUCUUCUACCGGAUACCGGACGGCGAGAGUGCUGCUGAUGCGUACGAUCGUAUAUCGGGCUUCAACGAGAGCCUGUGGCGGCAGUUUGGGGACGCAGACUUCCCGAGCGUUUGUGUUUUGGUCACACACGGUCUGAUGACAAGAGUGUUUCUGAUGAAGUGGUAUCACUGGUCUGUGGAGUACUUUGAGGACCUCAGGAACGUGGACCACUGCGAGUUCGUUCUGAUGAACAAGAACCCAGAGAACGGGAAGUACAUCCUGGAGAAUAAUCUACGGACGUGGUCAGAGUUAAAACGUCAACGAAGAGAGCAAGCAGCCAGGCAAGAUCCUCAAAGGCGGAAUACGCUCUCUGCCUUCCUCUCAGCGAAAGCGCAAGAGAGUCCGAAUAUUCCACCCCGGAAAUGGGGCGGAUGUGAAGACGGCUGCAACCACGACCACGAUCAAUAUCCCAGACGAGUAGCACAACGGAAGGAACAAGUACAGCAAGAACUUCAACUACCACCAGCGGCAGAAGCAUCAAAAACGUCCAAGAACGAUGUUCCAGAUCAGGCUGUGACUCCGGCUGAGCCCUCAUCCAAGAACGAACCACAGACUCAAAAUGACGUCUCCGCCGACUCACCACCCAUCCAAUUCAAACUCCCCUUCCGCCCCAGUGUCCCCUCCUACCUCCACCCCGGCCGCGACGGAGGCGGCACAGCCUCAGGAGCCGCGACACCCCACGAAAUGAGCGACGAAGAAGACACAUCCGAGUACUUCCCCCCUGAAGCCCAACGCGGCCGCGCAAUGGCAGAAGCAAUCCGAAAAGCCCCUCAACGAAAAGCCACGCCGGAAGAUAUCGAGCGGUGGGCGAGGGAAAGUGGAAUGGGAAAUGGAAGGAAAGCGGAUGCUCUGGGUGAUGAGCCGAAUGAUUCGUCGGAUGAUGGACGUGAUGCUGAGAAGAUGGUGAAGGAUUCCGCGGUGGGGAUUGAGGAUAUCGAGAAGGCGGAGAGGGAGGAUCGGAGUUUGAGGGGGAGUGUUUAUUAG